AUGGCUAAAGAUAGUGAACUGAUGGACAUAAUCCUUGAUGGACCUCAUGUUCCUGUUAAAAAAGUCAAGGAAGGAGAUGUUACAAAAAUGGUUAUCAAAAGCAGGAGGGAAUUCAAUGAAGAAGAUAGGAAAAAAAUUAAGAAGAACUACAAGGCAAAGAAACUGCUAGUGUGUGGUAUAGAUCCAGAUAAAUACAAAAGGAUAUCUACCUUUGAAAAUACUAAAGAAAUCUGGGACUGCUUGAAAAUAGCUCAUGAGGGAACUACAAAUGCUAAGGAUUUGACUACCCAGUAUGAAACUUUCACCAUGAAAGAAGGAGAGACAACACAGGAAAUGCAUACAAGAUUCACUUCCAUUACAAAUGAGCUAAACUGCCUAAGAGAAAUAAUUCCACUAUAUAAGAAAGUGAGGAAGAUUCUUGGGGGUUUUCCAAAAUCCUGGGAAAGCAAACUAGAUGUUAUUACUGAGGCAAGGAACCCGAAAACACUCACUAUGGAUGAACUCAUUGGGAAUCUGAAUACUCAUGAACUUAAAAAACAACCAGGGCAUGAGAUGAUGGAGGUUAAAAGGGAAAAAUCUCUAGCACUAAAAGUAUCUAAAUCAGACUUUAAUGAAGAAGACACUGAUGUUGCCUACUUGGAAAAAAGAAUAGUUAGAGCUAUGAAACAAAGUGACCAGUUUCAAAGAAGUGGGAGUAGCAGUAAAAAGGGAGGCACUAUGGAAGUUUGUCACAGAUGUGGAAGUCUUGAACACUUUAUUAAGAAUUGUCCAAUGCACAAAAUGGAUAUCAGGAUUAUCAAAACACUGGAGGGUGACUCCUCCAGUGAAUCUGAUGAAGGUGAGAAAACUACAGAUAUUUCCAUAUUUGCAGUGGAAGAUAAGAAAGUGACCUUUGAUUCCUUGUUUCCUUUUAUGGAAAACACCAAAGAUGAAGAAAAAAUGAGAAAGAUUAAAAUGCUUGCAAAUAUACUGAUUGACUUCAUUUGUAAAAUGACUGAGAAAAAAAUUGCUCUUGAAGAAAAGGUGGAAAGUCAAAAACUUGAGUUAAUUGCUCUAACUCUCCAAAUAUCUGAAACUGAAGAACAGAUAUCAGAGACUAAGCAACUGGUUACUAAGCUGAAACUUAAAAAUCUGAGUUUGAUAAAUCAAUCGGAGAAAGUAAAUUCUUAUGAGUGUAAAGGGAAGAAGGAAGUCUCAAAGUUUCAGGUUGUGCUUGAAGAAAAAUUGGAGGAUUCUCAAUGGCUUCUCAUGACUGCACUUCAGAAGAAUGAGGAGUUAGAAAAAGACCUGGUCCUUCUAAGGGAAAAACUUAAAAAAUCCCUACAAUGGACUUCAUCUUCUUAG